AUGACUGCCACAAACGGCCACACCACCACCAACGGCGUCCUCGACUCGUACACCAAAUCAUGCCAAGACGUCUCCGGACCCAAAGCGCAUCCCCGAGCCAAGUUCGUCCUCGAUGCCCUCAUGAAGCACCUGCACGCCUUCGCUCGCGAAGUCCAGCUGACGAACGAAGAGUGGCUCGCCUCGUGCGAUCUCCUCAUUCGCUCGGGUCAGAUGUCGGAUGCGCGACGAAACGAGCUGAUCCUCAUCUCGGAUGUCCUUGGGCUUGAGUCGCUGGUGGACAACAUGACGCAUGAGCGGGCGCAGGCUGCUUCUUCUGGAGCCAAAGUGGAUGCUACGGAGAGCGCCAUUCUCGGGCCCUUUUACCGCACGGGCGCUCCACGAUACGAGAACGGGGGUGACAUUGUGCUCGACCACACCAUCACGAGUGCCGACGGCAAACGUGGGGAGACGUGUCUCAUGCAUGGCAAGGUCACGGACGCCUCGACUGGCGCGCCCAUCGUGGGGGCGCAGAUCGACAUCUGGCACACCGGCCCCAACGGCCUGUACGAGCAGCAGGACGAGAAGCAGCCAGACUACAACUACCGCGGUCGCUUCACCACCGACGCUGCCGGCUACUAUGCCGUCCGCUGCCUCCGUCCCACCGCCUAUCCCAUCCCCUACGACGGUGGAGCGGGUGACAUUCUGAAGCUGCUCGAUAGGAGCCCCAUGCGACCUGCCCACAUCCAUCUCCUCAUCGAGGCAAACGGGUACAAGCAGCUGGUCACCCAGAUCUUUGAUUCCAAGUGCGAGUACAUUGGCGCAGACGCGGUGUUUGCCGACAAGAGCGGGCUGACCGUCGACUUUGCCACUCCGAGCAGCAACGAGGCCAAGAAGAGCGGCUGCCAGACCGAGGUGGCGUACGAUAUCCGGUUGGUGGCUGAUCAGUGA